UACCAAAAACCCCAACUGUCCCCCGUCUUCUUCCACUCUCCAGGCAAACCCAACUCCGCACAAACACAGCCGCCCGCGCGCGCCUAGGGUUCCGCCACCCUCCCACAUGGCCGUCGCCAAGGCGGAGAUGCCGGCGUGGAUGCGCAGGCCCGGGGCCCCCGCCGCCGUCGACGCGGUCAUCUUCCUCCACUACGGGAUGAUGUGGGUCGCCACCGCGGCGUGCCUCGCCAUGGUCAUCGGGCGCCGCGCCUUCCGCCUGGUCGAGGGCUCCCCCGUGCUCUCAUCGGCGUCCUCGCUCUCCCUCUACUCCCUCACCGUCGGCGUCCUGCUCUACCCCGUCGCCAUCAUGCUCGUCGGCUUUCGCGGCAUGAGCUCCGCAUCCAAGUCCAAGGGAAACUCCAAGGAUACCAAGGUGCCCCCGACGCCACGCCAGAUUGCGCGGAAGAUGCUCAAGGAUCCUGUCAUGGCUGGAGCGCUCGUGGUGAUGGCCUUCAUUAUGCUCAUACCUGCUGGUGAUUUCGGGGUGGUGGACCUUUCCCUCCCGAAAGGAUCUCACAAGGCAGGGGUUGGUUCAGUCUUGAGGGACGUGGGAAUACUGGGUGCCUGUGUGGUAAAUUGUUUCAUCAUCGUACCCACUACGCUUCUCAGGCAGUGGAGGAUGAGGUAGAUGGGUUAUUCACUUGUGUUGCUGAGACAUAACCCUGAACGGAGUCGUGAAGACGAUGCAAGGCAAAUACAAGAGCUGACUCUUCGCUGAAGUUUACUGAAUUAUGGUUACCUGUAUUCAGGGCAGUAGAUUGGUCCACUGCUAGUAUUACACUAUUACAUACUCCAUGUGCCAGGUGCUCUCUUAAGUCAACAUUGUGUUGUUUCAGUUUUUACCUGCUGCUGGGAAGCCUGGAAUAUGUGACUAGACACUGAGGGAGUGAGGGGUAUGAAAACCUACCGGAGGAUACUGCUUUUCUAGCAAUAUAGCCAUGUUUGCAGUUUUAUGCUGGAUCACUACUGUUUCUUUGCAAGAGGUGUUGGCCUUGUGGCUGUCAGCGUAAUCGCGAUCUCAGAUGUAAUGUUGAUCUUGCAAAUGUUUAAUUCCAAGGGUUACCUGUGAGUGCUCUCA